AGUUAUAGAUUUGCAGCUGCAAGAAUUGAAUACUCGAUUUGGUGAGGUGAACACUCGAUUGUUGGACUGCAUUUCUUGUUUUAGUCCAGCUAACUCUUUUGCUUCUUUUGAUAAAGCAAAGUUGAUAAGUCUUACUUAGUUUUAUCCCGAGGAGUUUCCAUCCAAUGUGCUCUCACGACUUCAUCAACAAUUGGGGGCUACAUUUCUCAUGUCAAGGAGGAUAAGAGCUUUGAUGGAUUUCGAGGAAUCGACGAGCUAGCUAGGAAAUUGGUGGAAAGGGGAAAUGACACUCUUUAUCCUUUAGUUUACUUGCUGUUAAAGUUGGUGUUGACCUUACCUGUGGCAACUGCAAGAUGCGAAAGAGCAUUUUCAGCUAUGAAGAUAAUCAAGAACGAUCUUCGAAAUCGGUUGAGUGACCAAUUUAGGAAUGAUUGUUUAGUUGUGUAUAUUGAAAAAGAUUUGCUUUGCAGCAUAAGUGAUGAAUGUAUUUUAGAGACAUUUCAGCAGAUGAAAAGUCGUCGCGGUUCGUUGUAAACAUGACAUUAUGAACUUUAUGAAUUAAUUUUUUUUAAUUUUUAAUUAAUUUUUAAUUUAAUUAUUAUUUUAUUUUAUCGGCGACACACCUCUCCGACAAUCCUGGGUCCGCCACUGCAUGGACCAAUCACAGGUUGUGACACCUAACGGCACCGCAGUAUCAGCCAUAAAUAAAAAGUGGAUAGUCACCAAAAGGUUGACAAUCCGCGGGUUGAUCCGACCCGGUCGAGCUAGUGGGUCAAGGAUUAACGGGUCACUCGUUUUAUCCCGUUUCAGCCCGGAAAUAUGAAAAGAGUCAUUAUAUUGUACUUAUCCUGAUAAAUUAUAUCAAAUAUCAUCUAACAUAUGAGUAAUGACAUAUAACAUUACACCAAAGUAACAUAUCGUCCUUAGAUUCAACAUAUAACGAAAAUUCACACACACUUAUAUAACAUCAAAUCAAUAUUCAAAUGUCCGACUAAAGAUUCCAAAGAUUGAGUUAGACGAAAAGAAAAAUCGGAAAAUAGGCGAAUUUCGCAAAUCAAAGAAAAAAAUGAUACAAUUUGACCUCCAAUCGCCCCGACGGGUACUUACGGCCCGUUUUUCUUAUCGGGUCGGGUUGAAGAAGGGUCAACCGCGGGUUGACAACCUUAUAGUCACAAAAGAAUUUCAUGCUCAAAUUGGAUAAAUAUAUAUUUCCCCCAAACUGUUCCUUUCAUUAACUCCCCAAGUUGAAACCCUAGAAUUGAAAAUCCAAUAGGGUUCUUCGAAUCGUGCUAUCAUCCACCGCUCGUCGACCUGAAGGCUAGAGGGAAGGAGUCCCCCAAAGCGCCGGAGCCAUCUAAACCAUCCAAGGCACCAAAGCUCAUGUCGUCCGAGUCCCCUACUGAAUCAACGACGAAGAUGGGAACCUGCGUGCGCUGCCUAGCCGUUGGUGAGCUGAAACUCGUACCCAAGAACGACGAUUCCAAUUAUGUGGUCAAGAGCGACGAUUUCAAGGGCGAUGAAGAAUUGAGGCUCCGUGUCAUCCAUUAUCGGAGGAAGAAGUGGAUCACCGGUUGUUUUUAUGCUGAUUGUCCACCUAAUUACCCUAGUUUCGAGGGAAUCUUCUACUGCGAACAUUGGCCCGUAACUCCUGAUACGAAGCAGAAGCUUGACAAAUCUCUUGAGUUCGCCAUCGACAAUUAUAACAGAGAGAAGAGGGACAACUUGACUUUAACUGAAAUUCUGCACACAAAUCUGGAGACUUAUGGUUGUAUGAUCUUCUAUGUAACUUUUAAAGGACUCAGUGAGAAGUUUGGUGUCCAGACUUACCAGACUGUGGUCACCUGUUCAAAGUAUUACACUGGCGAUCAUGAAGUUAUAAUCUUCAGAAAUGGCGAAGGUGACUAUGAGGAUUUGUUGACCCCAACAGAUUCUUCCUUCCAAGAGUAUACAAGGGUCAAAAAAGAGCUAAUGUGCACCUUAGACGGUCAUGUGUUACCAUCUGACCCCUUUUAUGAAGACUUCAAAAGGAUCUGUGCAGAACAAAGGGAAAGAGAGAAUGCCAGAGUAAAAGAGCUGAUGUGAUAUUCUCUUCUCUUGAAGGUAGGGUGACAACUAUGGUCUUGAACUGAGAAGUAGUGGGGGUAGUAUGGUCUCUAUGCUAUGGUUAGCAAGAACCAGAAGCAACAGUAUCAGUAGUUUAAUGUUGUGCAGGCAUUUGAGUAGCAUCUUGGUCUAUCUCUAUUUAUGGGUUCUUUUAAGGCUUGGACUUUUUUUCUCUCCGAAGACAACUAGCAAGGACCCGCUCGCUUGCGCUUCGCGGUGAAUGAAAAGCUCUACUUAUAUUUAUAAAGUUAUCGUGUUAGGAGGAUAUUGAAUUUGUAAUCGGAACUAUAUGGUUGUAUCAAUAUUAUUUCUUGUACACGAAGUUUUCAGUAGUACUACUACACCACGUUCCUCUCACUUUUGUUUAACAACUAAUACAACAUUCGUUCGGACAAUAGGUGAUUCACUCAACAAAAGUAAAACGAUAUAUAAAAGUUAAUAUAAGUGAAUUUAGAAU